AUGUCGGACGACAAAGGUGCUACUUUGCCCGAUGCCCAGCUGGCCCCAGAGCACGAAAGCUACAAAACUGGAGAUAUCAUCGAACCACGAAGCCGAGACGGUGGCAAAGAUGUUGCUGCGCUGUUCCUCGCCCAGUUAGAUCCAGCCAUCGCAGCCGAGCCCAUCUCCAAGCACGAAGCCCGACGCGUGUUAUGGAAGAUCGAUCUGAUUCUCAUCCCCCUCAUCAUGGUGACGGUAGUUCUGGCUGCCAUUGAUAAAGUCAUCAUUUCCAAUGCUGCCAUCUAUGGGAUGAAAAAGGAUACUCAUUUGAAGGGCAAUCAGUACUCAUGGGUGGGCUCGAUCUUCUAUUUCGGCUACCUCGCGUUCGAAUACCCUGCCGCCCUUCUCAUUCAACGGCUUCCAGUCGCCAAACUCUACGCGGGAAUGGUAGCAGGAUGGGCGGUCAUGAUGCUCUGUACAGCUGCAACACACAACUUUGCCGGUUUGGCGACCGUGCGGUUCCUCAUGGGUAUGCUGGAAGCCUCUGUGUUUCCCAUCUCGAGUAUCUUGACUGUGAUGUGGUGGAAGACAAGCGAGCAGCCACUCCGAGUCGCCUUCUGGUUUAACCAGCUAUCGUCUGUGUUUUCUGGUCUUGUCAGUUACGGCAUUGGCCAGACGAACACGGCUCUGGCCCCUUGGCGGCUCCUUUUUCUGGUACUGGGAGGAUUUUCCCUCUUCUGGGCAGUCGUUUUGUACUUUUUCUUGCCCGACUCUCCAGUGCAAUGCUGGUACUUCUCUGAUCGCGAGAAGUUUGUUUGCCUUGAGCGUGUUAAGGAUAACAACACUGGCAUGGAAGACAAAACCAUCAAGUGGUAUCAAGUGCGCGAAUGUCUCCUUGAUCCCAAGACGUGGUUACUGGCAUUGUUCUCGUUGGCACAGAACAUUCCGAACGGCGGUUUGGUCACCUUCUCAGCAAUUAUCGUGACGGGACUGGGAUAUUCGCCACUGGUCACUACUGUGCUUGGAAUUCCAACGGGCGUGCUUGCAACAGUCUGGCAAAUCAUACUUGGAUUCAUCGCUGCCAAUGUGAAAAAUUCUCGGUGCGCUAUCAUUGCCACUGCUAACCUGGUGCCCAUGAUAUGUGCCAUUCUCAUGUGGAAGUUACCACGUGAGAACCAGCAUGGACUUUUAGCUGCAUACUACGUCUUCUAUACUUACUGGGCUCCCUACGUCCUGUCUACCUCGCUCCCGAUGGCCAACACGAGCGGUCACUCCAAGAAACUGACCAUGAACGCCAUCUUCUUCCUGGCUUAUUGCACGGGAAACAUCAUUGGCCCGCAGGUAUUCCGGUCUGAUGAUGCUCCGUCUUAUUCGAGGGGAUACGAAGGUCUUCUCGGAUGUCUCGUUGUGGCCAUAGCCUCUAUCAUUGCCUACGGAGUUCUUUGUCGUUGGGAGAACCACCGCCGUGAUCAGAAGGAGGGUCCACAAUUGGAUGCGGAGCCCUCUGAGGCGGCUGCAUUUUCGGAUUUGACAGACCACGAGAAGCGAGCGUUCAGAUAUACAUAUUAG